AUGGAUAUUGUGAUGAAUGAAUUUCUUUAUCUGAUACGAGAAGAUCCAAAGAUUUCCCUAUAUGAAACAAGAAUUUUGGAGGCGUUUUUCGAGAUUGAAUCUGAGCAAUCUCGUUGCCAAACUCUAAACCGUGUUGUAGAUUUUAUGAAGAAUUGUUUACCGAAACUGAGAGAGAAAUUCGGAAAUCAAUCAUCGAAACAAGCGGUCGAGAACUUUAAGCCAAUCAAGGAAUUCGAUGGUUCUGUGCUUGUGGUGAGACACGAGAAUUGGGAGGCGCUUGUUUCAUGGAUGCCUUUAGAAAUCAUCCAAAAUUCAACUUUCACCAAUAUUUGGUACACUCCAAUGUUGGCCUUUUACUUGUCAGAUACGCAACUGAGUGAGAAGGAUUUGAAAGUGAUCAUGGAAAAUUGUCGUCGUAGACGUGAUCAAAAGCAAAUCUCACAAAGUUCAAGCUCAAAAAUGGUGACUCAUAAUGAUGAGAGAGCUCCGUCACCCCCAGCUAGAAGCUCUUCUCGACUCACGAGAAGCAACUUCACUUGUCCGAUUUGUUUUGAUGAUUAUGAUCAAUCAUCGCAUAAACCGAUGAUCAUCUCCGAGUGUGGGCACACUCUUUGCCAAACUUGUGUCAAUAGAUUAGUUGAAUGUCCAGAAUGUCGUGCUCCAAUUCAGCGUGUUAUCGUCAACUUUGCUUUCAAAAACGCGAUCGAAGAACGAGAGCUGCAAGAUGUUCAAGUGAAUCAACUAAAAACUCUCAUUUUGGCUCAGAAACACAUGGUUUUGGUAAGCGGACUACCGGAAAAGAAACCGACGGCAACAAAGAUUUUCAAAGAUUUGAUAGCUGUGUUCGCUGACGAGCCGUUGAAAAUAGAAUUCGUCAAGCCGGCUUCUCUCGGUCAAGCACUUCUCACAUUUAGUCAACUUGAUUUUGCUUUAAAAUUUAUCACACUUUACAACGAGAAAAGAUAUGGGGAUACUGAUUUUUUGAUGAAAAUCGAGCUUUUUAAAGAAACUCCUUCAAGGAAUUUAUCGGUUCCAACAAAAGAUGAGAACAGUGAUUCGGAGAUUUCGAGAAGUUCUUCGCCUCCUCAGCGAAAUCGGAAUCUUGAAAUUGACAAGACGAAGAUUUACCUAAAAAAUCUCCCCUCACAUGCCACAAAUCAGAGUGUGAUCAAAUGGAUCUUCAAAGACAAUCCGAAUUUGGUGUUGGGAAGUUUAUCUCUGAAAUUGGAUCCUUUUGGAAUGCAGACUUGUAUCGCAAAGUUCCGAAAUGAAAAAGAAGUGGACAAGAUAAUCUCGGAGUUUAAUAAUAAGGUUUAUCCGGGUACGGAAACAAUUCUCCAUGUUCGACAUUUCAAAGCAAAUCAACCGAAAGGAAGAUCAAAAUCGAGAGAUCCCCAAUCGCCGAAAGCCGUUGGUGGACGAUUUAAUGGUAGACCGUCUUUGUCUCCAACUCGCGCAGCACAAUCGUCAAAAUUUUCGAAUCUGGCUCAAAGACCUCAAGGAGAGUCGAUUCAAGUGGCUGAAGUGGAUGGAAUCAAAUUUCUCCCAUCGCUUCAACCAAAUCCCAUUCACAAAACCUGCUUGAUCACUUUCAAAACGCCAAGAGCAGCUCAAUUGGCUCAACGUUAUUUCUUUGGAAAGCCUUUUCAACAUCCUGGUUGUUUUUUGAACAUCGAUAACCUUCAACCGCAAACGAGUCCUUCUAUACAGGAAAAUCGAGUUUUAAUCAAAAAUCUGCCUGCAUCGGUGACCGAAAAUGAUCUUGUCGAGAUGUUUCAUCAAAUUUGCAAAAUCGCUCAUGAUCAAGAUUUAAGGCCAAAGAUUAAUUUGAAGCGACUUCCAAAUGGGACAAGUGAAGCGAUAAUUUCCUUUCAAACUUUGGAAGGAGCGCAGAGGAUUUCUCUCCUCUACAAAGCACACGAUUUCCAGGGACAAACCAUACACGCAUCGUUGAUU